AUGGGAGCUGCAGCGUCUGGUGUUAGUACGCAAAUGCAAGCGGAGCAUGACCCAAAUGCCGCAUUUCCAUGGUGGGUUCGAUUUUUGGCAAAAGGUGUCGCUAUUAUUGGUGGAUUUUUGUCAAUCUUCUUUGGAGUCUUGGGAUUGAUCAGUUUGUCACCAACUUGCAUGCUUGCUGUUUUACUACAAAUGUGAGUUUGAAUUGAUUACUAUUCGUAAUUAAUUUGUUUUUCAAAAUCCAUGUAUUAUAUUUUCCAGGGCAUUUGGAGCAGUUGUUAUCGCAUUGGAAGCGCCAUUCUGCUGUCAAUUUGUGGAUUUCAUCGAAAAACUUGCACGGUUCAGUGAAUCUCGUCAACUUUGGCAAAAAGCCGCAAUUUAUGGAGGGUAUGUUUUGAAAAUACGAUUUUACUGAAUUUGAAGUGAGAAUUCAAAAGUUUCAAAAAAAUUUUGUUACGAAAUAUGUAUUGCGAAAUAUGCAUAUUCCAGAAAUGGAAUACAUUUUUUUGUAUUUAAUUCGAUUAUGACUAAUUGAGGAAUUGCGUAGAUUAUUUUGAUGAAAUGUCUUGAAACUUGAAAAAUUAAGAAAGUGGGAAUUUUCUUCAAAAUGUAAAUUUUAUGAAAAUAUUUGACAUUCUUAUGAAUUUACCAUUACUUAAAUUUUGAAGGUUUAAGUUUGUAGGCUCCUUUCAUGUUUUAAAAUUUUCAAUAAUUUUGAAAUUUCAGCAUGGGAAUCAUUCCAAUUCUUCUUUGUCUCGAACUCAACACUGUUCUUGGAAGUGGAACUGUUUUCUCAUCUGGCGUCAUUUAUGGAUUUAUGGCCCUUGGAAAGAAAGCUGAUCGAUCAAAUAUGAUGGCGGCCGGAGAUCCAGCAUGGAGUCCACAAGUCAAUCAAUCAAACAUCCCAUAA